CAAUUGUAAUUUUUUACAAAAGUGAAGCAUUAAUUAAGGACUAAAGAAAAUUGGUUUCUCCGCCUUUCUUGGAGAGAACAAGUGCUGUCGUCUGAUCCAACCAACGCGCACCCACUUUUUUGAAUCCCUCACUUCUAUACUUUUAAUGUCUGUCCUAAAUCCUCACCACCUUCCAGCUUUUUUCUUCAUAUCUCACUUAUGGCAGCUCUUGCUCCACCCUCCUGUUUUUCUUCCUCUCUGUCAAAGGACCCAUUUUCAACCACCACCACCGUCUUGGAUCAUAAGAAGCUGGGCGAAGGGGGAAUUCAGAAGACCCAGUUCAGCGUUUGGAUUUCUUCCAAGAGAAGUUUUACAAUUUUAGAUUCUGACCAUCCUGCAACUUUCUGGCUUGACUCUAAGAGAUAAGCUUAUAUCCUAUUUGCAUUAAAUCACCUUUUAGGACUAGGCCGAGAAUAAAAUUGAAGGCUUCAAUGGAACCUCCAGGACUGGUUCAGGAACUUAAAAGUGAUGAACUGGAGAGUGUAGGUAAAAGAGAAAGUGGCUCCGAUUUGUUUGAUGAAAUGAAGUAUCGGUUCAUGAGUUUUAAAAGAAAAAAGUACAUGGAAAACUUGGAACACUAUCAAAAUCUUGCUAAGGCUCAAGCACCAAAAUUUAUGGUGAUUGCUUGUGCAGACUCUAGAGUAUGCCCCUCAUACAUAUUGGGAUUCCAACCAGGAGAGGCAUUUGUGGUUCGCAAUGUCGCAAAUAUGGUGCCCCCAUAUGAGGGUGGGCCCUCAGAAACGAAUGCUGCACUAGAAUUUGCUGUGAACUCCCUUAAAGUUGAAAACAUUUUGGUUAUCGGACAUAGCUGCUGUGGUGGCAUCCGUGCACUCAUGAGUAUGCAGGAUGAAGAAGACUCUACUAGCUUUAUCACAAGAUGGGUUGUUGUUGGUAGAAAUGCAAGGCUAAAUACAGAAGCUGCUACAUCCAACCUUGGUUUUGACCAGCAGUGCAGGCACUGUGAGAAGGAAUCAGUCAAUUGUUCAUUGUUAAACUUGCUCACUUACCCAUGGAUAGAAGAAAAGGUAAGGAAAGGGCUGCUGUCUGUACAUGGUGGCUAUUAUGACUUUGUUGAAUGCACAUUUGAGAAAUGGACAUUGGAGUACGACCGAGGGAAGACAGAUGAAAGCAAUACGGUUGCAGUAAAAAAUAGAUCCUUUUGGCGCUGACUUAUUCUGUCAGUCUUAUAUUUUCCCUCUGUGCUGCAUAAUUUAUGAAUGGCGAGACAAUUGAACAAUAAUGUUAUCUCCUAAGAAUAUUGUAGGGCACAACCCCUCUGUUGUAUCAUUGCUGUAACGUUAUUUUCUGCUUCAUACUUCUAGGAAAGCUUCAGCUGAGUCAUUCUCACUGCCUAACAUUCUCCCCCUGUAAACUUGGGGUUAAGUUGUUAGGAGUCAUCUUCAUGAAGUUUGAUAACAUCAAUUUAUGUUAUGGGUUUCGGGAAUAAUUUAGUUAUCACUGAAAGCAGCUCAAACAUUAGCUUAAAAAAAAUUGAAAGAAAGGUGUGAAAACAUCAAAUGCUUUGCUAGCUAGUUCUAUUUAAAUCCACACGGUAUUGUUGAUUGUAACUAUAAGGAAUGGAAAAAGCAUGUGACAGGGACUGGGAGAACAUC